UAUACUCUCAUGAGUGUAGAGGUUUAGGAGGAAGCAUAACACAAGAAUGGAAAAGUUUUGUAGAUGGUAUUAAAUGUUAUAUAAAUAAUUGUGAUGAUGAUGAGUUGAAAACUUAUUGGGGAAAGGAGAUAUUAAGUGUUGUAAAAAUUUGGAUGGGAAUAAAAAGAGACAGCGGUGGAAUAACAUUUUAUGAAUUAUAUUCAAAAACCUUGAAGGAACUAGAAGAAAAUGCAGUAAAGGCAAAAUCUACAAGAUCCAAAAAUAAAUUAAAAGUGCAGGAAACAGAUGAUCAUGAGCAACAAUUUUGUGUAAUUAAAAAAUAUAAGAUGUUAGAAGAAACAACAAAAUACCCCUGGAAAUUAAACAUCAAAAGAAAACAAAUCAUUUUAAUCGAGAAACUAAAUUAUCAUAUAAAGAGUGAUAAUCUUAGAAAACUUGCUUUCAAUAAUCCCUUUUUAUCAUGUGUUAUUGAUCUUGAUUGUAUAAGCAAAUUACUUGUUAACAUAUUUUCUAGAGAAGAACUUGAAUGUAUGAACAUUUGUGAAAAAAUGAGAUCAUGGAAAACCAUAGAAAAUGUUCUUAAAUUGUGGAUUAAGCAAUUAUCAAAAUUAGGACAAUCAACUUCCUAUCCAGAUAUCCCAAGCAAUUUAUCCAAAGAAGAAAAAGAAGUAUUUCUCUAUAUUUUAGAGAUGUUUAAAAAAUUGCAAUCAAUUUGGAAAAUUAGAAGAUAUGACAAUAAAUUAAAUGGUGAUUCAGAAAUCUUGGAAAAUACAUUUAUUCAUGAAAUUAUGCAUAUGAACCCUUUUGAAAGAAAGAUCAACUUUGAAAUAAUUGAAUUGUGUGGAUUUAAAGGCUUGCUCUCAGGUCAUGCAACAAACCAUUAG